CGAGCCGGUUAACGGGAGAGAGGGAGGCACAGAUACCGAGCGGAUAGGAGGCGGCUGCAGCGAGGAUCAGCUUCUAAUCUGCAAGAAAAUAAUAAUAAUAAUAAUAAAACAAUUUAAAAAAAAAUCUCUGCAACUGCGUGCACUGAAAUGGAGAAUAAAGUGACAGAUUUCUCAGGAAAGUGGAAAAUGAAGUCCUCGGAAAACUUUGAGGAACUUUUGAAAGCGCUGGGUGUGAAUGUGUUCCUGAGGAAGAUUGCGGUGGCAGCCGCCUCCAGCCCCGCGGUGGAGAUCUCCCAGCAGGGAGAGAGUCUGUCCAUCAAGACGUCCACCAGCGUCCGCACCACCAACGUCUCCUUCACCGUGGGGCAGUCCUUCAGCGAGGCCACGGUGGACGGACGACCCUGCACGAGCUUUCCUAAGUGGGAAACCGACAGAAAGAUCAGCUGCGAGCAGACUUUACAGAAAGGUGACGGGCCGAAGACGGCGUGGACCCGAGAGCUGACCAAUGACGGAGAGCUCAUACUGACAAUGACUGCCGGUGAUGUUGUCUGCACCAGAGUUUAUGAGAGGGAAUGAGGAAAUUUGUCAUACAAUACUGUCUGGUUUACAUUUACUCGCCUUGUUUUCUUCAUCUUUGUCCUCCUCCCCGGGUCGUGUCUCGCUCAAAGGGUGCACUGUGCUGAAAGUGGCUUCAGUCGGUACAUUAGCUGCCUUUAUAACAGCAAACCUUCAUGUAUCAUAUGUUUCACACAUUCCUUUUUUUUAAAAAAAAAACAAAACAAAACACUUUGUUGUAGUGUCUAAAUCCUUUUUAAAAAUGUUAAAUAAACUGUUUUAUAUAA